UUUGAAAUUGCGCUCCAAACCCGCUUGGAGGAGGCGGAGAGGAGGUUGGAGGAACUCGAAGGGCGAAAUGCCCGAGAAGAAUUGGACGAGGAGCCGAUGUCUCGGGAAUCGGAAUUUGAUGAAGAGGAGGCAGAGUGGGCUCCUCUGCCUGAAGAGGAGGCCGAGAAUUGGCCAAAUGGAGCAGAGUGGGCCUCUCUGCCAGACGAUGAAGACGAAGAGCUCGAGACAUCGGAGGCACCAAUGGAGACGAGUGGCGAUGAGGAACCAGAAGAAGCCUUUCGUGAACUCGUCCUAAGAUCGAGGACGAUCACGAUUCCGGUUCCUGCCACGCAGGGAAGGUUGGUCGCGGCAUCACCGGAAGAUUUCCGCCCAGCAGAUUUGGGGGAUCUUCCGGAGCAAUUGCGGAACGAGUUGCAGGUGCCGCGGGCAGAGCCAUACACGGUGGUUCGAGGAGAAGAAAGCAACGACAUCGGUAAUGUGUGGCAUCUGCAACAGGCAGUUCGGAACAAUAAAAGGGUGGCGCAUUCACGCUUCGAGAAUGCACAAGCAGGAUGGCUUUUGUACCCGCUGCGGGCACUACCUCCUGUUGCCACCGCAGUACACGGCUGCACAGAAAAUUGCAGCGUUGGAGCUGCACAAUCUCGAUUGGUGCCCGAGAUCAAGUGCAGCCGUGAUGAACGAAAGACAGGUGAAGCGUCGUCGACUUCAUCUUGUGGGGAGAGAAGAGGACUUACAUCACCUCUUCAUUCCAGGUAA